UUGUUAGGACUAGCAACAUUCCCGAGGAGGUUUGUGAGAGUGGAGUACCUUCUCAGCUGUAAGACUGGAGUGUUGAUGCAGAACGACAAAGGACUGGGGGAGAUUCAUGUUGACACCAUCAGUUAUGCUGGUAAAGCUAUGGAUCAAGUUAGGGACUAUAUUAGACUCAGAUUUUUUUGAUGGUGGCAGUCGCACUUCCGGGAGUGCUCAGGCUCCCGGGGUCCAGCUGGAUGUUGCUACCACAAGAGCUAGGAGGGAGAUUGGGUCCAGAGUUAGGGAUGUUGUUCUUGCGUUAGGUCACAAUGUUACUCUUACAACUAAUACCUACGAGGGUGCUUUGGAGGCUACAGUUACAUAUCAGGCAUCAAAUACGGGUGAGAUUGCUAUUUUGCGACGGACAGAGAGUGUUGGGCUGCGUCUGUCGUCUAGGGAUCAUAAAAGGAUGAAAUUACAAAGUGUCGAUACUGGCAAAAUUACUGUCCGCGCCUAGGUAUUGGAGGUCAUCCCAUUCACGAGUGACAGGGAGAGAAUGGGAAUUGUUGUCCGAUUUAUGGCUGGUGAAACAAGAAACGGGCCAGAUUUUCAUGGUGGCUGUAUGGAGGAGGAAAUAUCUAACUCUGGGGAUAUUGGGUUUUAUCAGGAGGGGGUGGGUACCGUCAUGACUUCGAUUGUGCAGGUUAACGACUAAUGGGAUCAGGAGUGCAGUAGUAUGGUUCGGGAGGAAUUAGAAACCUGAUUUAUUGGAAGGAAGAAGGUGUCCAUCUAGCGCGACCAGGAAUUCUCCGGAAAACUCAAAUCUGGGUCAUUGUCGCUUGGUAAUUGGGACAGGAGAUGGGCAAGGUUGUGACGGAGAAGUCGUGAUGGAGAUGUUGUGACGGAGAAUCUUUGAGCAUGGCUUGGAGCUUUUGGGGGUGGUGGGUGUCAGGGGUAAGCUGCCGAGGGAUGUUGAGCCAAGUUGGGAGCUUCUCUGGAAUGUGGGGAUCAUGAUUGGAUGCUGACUGGUGAUAAACUCGCAAAGUUGGUGUUGAAGGAACAAUAUGGUAUACUAGUCAUUGCCAAGUAUAUGCCUACUACUCUAUUCUUUUUGCCUCCAGGCAAUACUAACUCAGAUGCUGUUACCUAGUGAAACCAAGAGACUGCACCCACGAUGCCUUAGAAUUCCUCUGCAAUAAAGCAAGCUCCUGUCUCCUCAUCAACAGCGAAUCUCUCAUGUUCUUCCUAGACACGAACAAAUCCGAGUUCAUAAUUUUUACCGUACAACUCUCAGGAGUAAUCGCCUACCAUUGCACCCUCCCCCAAAAGUCCGACAUAGCCCGGCUCAUCCGUGCCUUAAUUAGGAAACACAUAUGCUUCAUCUGCGACAGUGAGAAUGACGUCUCCAUGGUCCGGGCUGCUUGUUGGGUAUGGCAAUACUAUACUAUGGUACCGGUAUUCUCGCCGGUAUUGGAUGCUGAUGUAGACGAGCCUCAGGCGAAUCUUUAUCCUUAUCCUGAUCUUUAUAAGAAACUUACCGAAGGGUAUUCGCUGAAUUAUCUGGCGUUUUUUGUUAGGGUGCUUUUGUUAGCAUUCACCAAAGUCUAUCUUUCCCUCCGAUAAUUAUGCCUGACUGCCUGAGCGCUGAUAAAAGCACAGAGGAGAGGAGAGAUAAUCCAAAACCUCUCCCAAAUACUCGUGGGCCUCGACCAUUUUAAUCGCAUCAUAUCUGUGAGUUUAACAGUUCUGAUAUUAAAUGGGCAUAUAAUGGCGGCCCUAGAAAUCACAACUUGG